AUGCGGCCGCGGUGGUCCGAGCACCCGCGUAAAACUGCCCUGAAGCCGUGGUGGCGCAUCCAAACUCCACCCUCAGCCGCUUUGCUCCUGAUGACGACUGGCCCUGCGCCAUAUUAUGAUAAAGGCAGCGUCCUCCUGAUGCUCUUCGCCAUCCUUUUCGGCAGCUCCGUCGGCGGGCAGCCAUGUCCUUGACUGUGAAGUCAUUGAAUGGGGACACCGCCUUUCUCCUCACCUUCAGUCCUCCUAUUGCGCCGCUGUCCUCUCCAGGCCUCUUUCCAGGUUCUUUUACCGUGCUCACCGAUCCCUGGCUUGUUGGCGCUGCCACUAUUCUCAGCUCCAUCUUUUCCAUCUCGGAGCAGAAAACGAAGCCGUGUAUAUCGUCCCUGACAGAGCUAGACCAAGAGCCAGACAUUAUCCUCAUUUCGCAAGAUAAACCGGACCACUGCCACGAGGAGACUCUACGCCAACUACCCCGAGAAUGUCAGUCUACGAUACUUGCCACACCUCCCGCCGCCAAGAAGAUACGGUCAUGGAACCAUUUCCAACCCCAACUAAUCCAAGAUCUGCCAAAGUAUGCUGAGGGGGACAGCCGGUCCAUCUAUCGCGUCGUGCUGCCGCCAUUUUCGCCUCGAGGCACAUGCGGAGAAGUGACUGUCUCCUGGAUCCCCGCGAAGAGAGACCUCUCGGGUUUGCAUCAUGCAAUUGGCAUCACAUAUCGCCCGCCUUGCAGCGUGCUGUCUGCGAAUCCGGGUUACUAUCGCGAUCUGCCCAUGAGUCCUCCGGCGUCACCCGGAUCCCCCAUGACUAUAGCCUCCUCACCGCGGACCCUCGUGCCAGCUCCUUAUAACGACCGCGAGAAGACAUUGUCUGUCAUAUACUCCCCUCAUGGUGUGCCGUAUGAAAUCAUACGACCAUAUGCAGCCUCUCAGCUCGUAACGGAAGCGGCGCUUCCACUGACGGCUCUAGUCCACUCCUUCGACCGUGUUGAGAAUCCUUGGUAUUUAGGAGGCAAUAUCUCCUCCGGAUCCCCUGGCGGACUGCAGAUUGCGCGCAGUCUUUACGCACAAGCUUGGAUCAGCGCUCACGAUGCUGAUAAGAACAACCGAGGCUUAUCAGUAAAGCAGACUCGGAUUGGAAAAUACACCAUGGACCAGAUCGAAAGGAUGUUGCAGGGUAGUGGAGAGAAGAGGCGGAAAUCGUCUGCACAUACCAAACUAGUUAGCUUGGCUUCCGGCGCAGAGCAUAGAAUCGAGAGAGGAUGAAGGGACGAUUUAGUAUCUGGUUUUCUCCAUGACGAUUCCUUGAAAAUCUUUUCCCACAGGACCACCAAUUUCGGUCACCCUUGUGUUGUCACUCUUCCGGCCGGUACAGAGGGACGAAUGCAAGGCUCCGGGGCUAGGCCUGGUGAAAUCAU